CGAGAUAAACAAUUGCGAAUUCCAGCGAUUUGAUUGGUCGCGUGUUAUGUGGCGAACGAUUUGAACUAUGAAUGCGCUUCGUGGUGUACGCUGCAAAAAUAUUUCUCGAGGAUCACUACAUGAGCUAUGAUAUUAAUCUUCAGCGGCCCUUGUCAAAUGCUGUUGACCACUUGAACUCAUUUUUUACCAAUUUUACAAACAUUUCUUACUACAAAGGGAUAUAUCUCUCGAUAUGAUGGCAAGUACAGGGUACCAGAGAUCUCGGAAGGUGUCAAUGCCUGCUCUUCACAUCAGCAAAAUGGACUAUUCAAAUGACUUUUCUGAUGUAAUCAAGAGUCGCUCAAUUAGCACAAGUACUCCAAUGGCAUCAAAAAUACUCUCCCCAUUGAGUUUGUAUUCACCUGGAAAUGACAGUGGUUAUCCUGAUUCCCUUGUGGAAGAUACUAAAACAUCAACAGACCUUUUAAAUGACACAGCUUUUCUUGAAACCACCCCCUUGGUUUCAACAGACUGUGACUUGCCCGAGGAUAAUGCUUAUCCAUUACAAUUUUCAAAAUGUGACGAUAUGACAUGUGACACUGACUGUGCCUCUUCAGCCUCUCUUGAACAUGAUUGGCUAAUUCCUGAAGAGGAAGAAGUGUUUGAGAAGCGGCAUAAGCGCCUCUCUGACUUUCCAAGAUACAGUUUGGAAUUUGAAUCUGGUGAUCUGGACUCCAGUUUUGGUGCAUCAGGUUUAGCUGACAAAUUGGAUUCUGUUGGCAUACAUGAUGUCAUCCAACACUUCUCCCCUAAAGAGCCUGACCGUCUUAUUGGGAGGAAGGUGGGACUGGAGAAAGUUGACAUUUUGAAUGAAAUGCAUGCAAGGAGCAUUGAAGGAGUGUCUCUUGUACUGUCAUACUUGGAACCAAAGGAAUUGUGCAGGAUUAGAGCUGUAUCCCGGCAAUGGAAAACUAUUUGUGACACAGAUAACAGAGCUAGUGCUAGAUGUCACAAGUACAUCAAAUCUCUCAAAUCAAGAGCAGCCUCUGUCGGAAAGGAGAACCUUGGGAAGACGAAGACUGGACAUCGACAUCUGACACCAGGGGGAUUACUGACAUCAGUUCAACACACACCACGCUCACCAAAGAAAAUGCCAGUUGUCAACCUAUUUACUCAGCAUUCUCAGGUUGUUUCUUCUCUGAAAAGUGACGACACAUUAAGACAUUGUCCCAGGUGUAAUUCUGCAGCCAAGACCCAUUGUGAUCGUGGUGUGUGUACGAGUGACAAUUGUAAAUUUGAUUUCUGUGUAAAGUGUUUCUGUGAGCAUCAUGGAUCUCGGGAACUGCGUGCCAGUGGCACUCAAGAAAUCUAAACUGGACUCAGUAGGCUCGAAAAAGAGCAAAAGAAAUCUUAGACGGUUAUAGCGGUGACUCCUGCCAAAACUUCACCCUGUAGAAGCUUUGCUGGACAAAGCUAAUCCAUCCAUACAGUUAAUGCAGCUUGAGCUGACCAUCAACAGAUGACGAAAGUGCAAUACGGUUAAUGUGUUCAUUAUGACAAGGUGCUGGCAUCAACAAUUUACCACAAUAUUUCUGUUGAGGUGACGAUGCAAACAAAAGCGACAAUCGCAAUAUUUCAGGAUGUGAAUCUCAGUUUUGAUACUAGGUUCUCUUUACAGAACAGUUGCAUUAUGUGAUGAUCUCAACAAUGCAUAUCAUAUUACAAGACAUUCCUCCAUGGAACAUUAUUUUUUGCUGUCAAGCAUAUAGAUCACUUGCAGAUCACUCAGAUGUGUUCAUUACGAAAUGACCUAUACAUCAAUCCAAAAUUAAUUUAUGGAAUCAAAUGAAUCAGUAUUGAAAUCCAUCCUAAAGUUAUCUUGUACUGCCAUACCAGAAGUAUUUAUUUUCUUUGCCAAAAGAGUCUUUCAAAACCAAAGAAUUUUAGUGUGAGAAUGAGAUAAGUAUGAAUGCAUCUUUGUUCACUCUUGUACAUAUGUUUCAUGAUUGUGAACAAGACACAUGUGCAUGAAAUCCUGCAUUAUGAGAGACAUUAUUUUAUUCAUUUGUAAAUGUGACAUUUACAAUAAUUGAACAUGUUGACAGGAUUGAUUGGCAUGAAAUUUUUAAUGAAAAUCUGACUAUUUUGAUUCAAAUAGUUUAUUUUAAUAUAGAAAUGGACAAAAUGAUGGGACAUUUUUAUGGAGUAUGAAUGAAUCUUGUGAAUGUUUUAUCUCUUCUACAAGAACUUAACAUGUAAAACGACCUUGACAGUCAUAGACUUGUAAGGCGUAAAAAUGUUUUUACAUGUUAAGUUCAUGAAGAAAGCUAUUCAUUGUCAUUGUUAGUGAAUGCUAAGUGUUGAAAACAAAUAAACUGUUACAAAGCAAA